UUCUGGCAUCUUGGAGAGUUGACGCACUCUCACUCACAGACUGAAACACACCCUCAGGCUGAGUUUGUGCCACAUCGAAAAGGAAUCGAACAGGCGGUCAGAAAAUGCUGCUGGUCCUGCUGCUGUUGUUGGUUGGUGCGUCUGGUGCUCAGCCACAGUGUGACCCACGGAUCAGAGGACUCUGCAAGCCCCCAGUGGAAGAAAAACCCAAAUGUGCAGAUUUAGUGCUGUCCUACUGUGAGGACAUGGCCUACCCCCAGACCAUGUUCCCAAACAUCCUCGGACACAAGACCCGUGAGGAYGUGGACGCCAGCGUGGAGUACCUCCUCAUCAGCGUGGUGGACUCUCUGCUCGKGGGCCAGUGUAACCCUGAGAUCCGCAUGCUGGGCUGCUCGGUGCUGACCCCCCGCUGCGAGAAGAACGCAGUGCUGAGACCCUGUCGAAGCACGUGUGAAGCCGUGCACAAGAAGUGYCAGCAUGCUUUUGAGGCCAUCAGGAUGGCUUGGCCCUACUUCCUGGAUUGUGACCGAUUCUACGUCAGUGAUGAGGAGGGAUGUUACGACCCUCUAGAGGGCCUCAAAGAACAAGACGAAGCUGCAGAAGCAGCCAUGGAACUUUUACUUCUCGAGGAGCCCGUUGAGUCGAUACAGUUUACCUACCACUCCAACUCUCAGAUGAUCAGCGUCUUAAAGAAGACCGAGGAAGAGUGCGCUGACAUCGCCAGAACCUACAGCAUCGGUCGCAGUCUGGAGGGCAGGGAGCUGCUGGUGAUCGAGUUUUCGAAGAACCCUGGAGAACAUGAGCUCUUGGAGCCAGAGGUAAAAUACGUUGGAAACAUGCACGGAAAUGAAGCCGUGGGACGCCAGCUGCUUAUCUACUUGGCUCAGUACCUUUGCUCUGAGUAUUUAAAAGGAAACGAGCACAUUCAGAACCUCGUCAACACGACCCGCAUCCACAUCCUACCCUCCAUGAACCCUGAUGGAUAUGAGGUGGCUGCGUCUGGAGCCAGUGACAAUGCUUAUGAUGACGAUGAGGGACAUAGUUAUCGUUCUUGGAACGUGGGCCGAAACAACGCUCAGAACAUUGACUUAAACAGAAACUUCCCCGAUUUGACGUCCAUCGUUUACAGCAGACGCAGACAAAGGAGCUUCCGCACCGACCACAUCCCAAUCCCAGAUAAUUACUGGUUUGGUAAGGUCGCACCGGAGACGUAUGCCGUCAUGAAGUGGAUCCGCUCCAUCCCGUUUGUGCUCUCAGCUAACUUCCACGGUGGGGGCCUGCUGGUGUCCUACCCCUACGAUCUGUCCAAACAUCCACUUGGACACAGCAUGUUCUCCCCGACACCAGACGAUAAAGUUUUUAAACUUCUUGCAAGCACGUAUGCAGAUGCCCACAAAUCCAUGUCCAGUGAAGAUUCCCCUUGUGGUUUUUCCAGUGCAGACAGCCAGAAAGGKACCAUUAAUGGAGCGCAGUGGUACAGCAUCACAGGCGGCAUGCAGGACUUCAACUACUUACACACCAACUGUUUUGAGGUGACGGUGGAGCUGGGCUGUGAUAAAUUCCCCCCAGAGGAGGAACUCUUCCAAAUGUGGCAUGAGAACCAAGAUGCUCUGAUUGCCUUCAUAGAAGCAGCUCAUCGAGGAAUUAAAGGCCUUGUAAAAGAUGAGGAGGGAAAUGGGAUUAAAGGUGCACAGAUAUCCGUGAAAGGGAUAAGACAUGACAUCAUCUCAGCUGAAAAUGGCGACUACUGGCGCCUCCUCCCCCCUGGUAUCCACAUCGUGACCGCCUCGGCCCCCGGCUUCACCAGAGCCACGAAGAAGGUCCACCUGCCCUCCCGCAUGCAGAAGGCCGGCCGGGUGGACUUUUUGCUGCAGAAAGUUCCUCCAGAGUCGGACGUGCCUGAAGACCAAAACAGCUUCCCGUCCACAGYCACCUACGAGCGUUUUGACCCAUUCAACCAGUACACGCAGUACACCAUGCUGUCUGAGCUGAACCAGAACCGCGAGGAGCGAGCGGAGAAGCCCUGGUGGUGGAACUACUUUGUCUCUGUGGGAGGCCCAGCACCCACCUGGCUCCUCAAACACUAUUAGAGCUUUUAAUACGAUGAGCUUUUCAUCGUACAAUGAAAGUGCCUGGUGUUUGUGUUGUGCACGUUUUUCUCACUUUCACGUGUCGUGUUACCACCUGGUUUAAAAUCUCCAUAAAUAACGUGAUGUCACUUAUUAUUAUUGAAUAAUAAAAGAGUUUA